AUGGCUUUGACGGUCUGCAGCCCCAAAGAACAACGACCUCUCAGAGCUUGGGAAGGCGUGCCUUCGGAAGAAGGUGUCAGCACUCGUCAUCGCUUUGCAGGUUCGGAGUCAGCUCUAUCAACUGGCCAGCAAAACUCUUCCUGGAAGAUAUCAUCUACCAAAAAGAACAAGCUGCGGACUGUUCAGCAAGAGUCGUUCAAGGAAGUUCAGAACUCAGGCCUCAUACCUAGAGGUCCAAAGGAAGACAAGAAGCAUUCUAGGGAUGUUGAUGUGGGAGGGUCUGACAGCAGAUUAUCUGUUUCAAGCAAGCAGCAAUCUCGUCCUCAUCUUAACGUAGUUACAACUUGUGAAGAUAAUGUCUCUCACAGAUCGACCACUGUUACCGCUUGUGAACGGUCCACCAGUACAUCAGCCAUGGAAAAUGGCUUCCAUGUAGACAAAGAUGUUGAAGAACUACAGCUGCAGACAAUCAAAACCGCUCCGCAUGGUCAGGAGCUGCUUUCCACUUCUGGGUCGCCCAAACAAACGUCGAUGAGAUCGUCGUGGCAACAAUAUCGGGCCACUGUUCCUGUGUUUGACCCUGUCUUGCCAGCACAGAUGCCAGCAGAACCCUCUUUUCACACGAAAUAUCACGACAACGAAAUUUUGUUGAGCAACAACUUCGAGGGCAUUCUUACUUUGCACCCCAUUCUCAUAAACAGUAACGAGGAGAUGGCUUCAAACUCAGCUAUCACCAUGAGCAAUGCACAGGAGGCGAUUAAUCAGCUAAGGGCUGCCAACGAGGAUCUUAUGUCAGCGACCAAGUACUAUCGCCUGCUGUCAGAGAUCACCAUGAAGGCUGCUGCACUUCGUCGUGGAUAUACACGCACAGCAAUCCAGCCAGCUAACCUCAAUCCGGAACAACGCCGUCUGCACCAGGUAAUCAUCUCAGAUGGCCUGACAAUGCCAAAUUCUGCUUUGGAGCGUGCCGAGGUUCUGGCCAAUGUCAUCAAGCUUCAUCUCAACUGGGAAGUGGAGAAUCUCAAAAACGGGGUGAAUGCAUCAGCUUCUCUCAACAGCUUCGUCGGAUUUGCUGGGCUCUUCAUACCACAGGUUCGAGACUUGGCUCUGGCGGAUUACGUUGGUGGAGAAGAUACGAUACGUGUACGCUUUAACAUAGCUACCGUUGCCACGAACCUCUUACGCUGGAUCGUGGAAAUGUGUGUCUCGAUGGCCGAGCACCAUGCACCGAUGUACCAAUCAUAUCACGCCGUUCGAUGGUACGAGGAGGGACUGAAGGCCUUGAGGUCUAUUGACUCAUGCUUGGAAGCUGUUUGUAUGAACAAAAUGGCGGCAUUCCCCGAAGCGAAGAGGCCAGCGUCUGACACCGAACUGCCUGGGAUGUUUUCACCUCGCAUUCUGAAUUGGGUGAGCUCGAAGCUGGACUGGGUGAACAAAAUGGCGGAUAAGCUACAGAGCAAGGCUCCCAUGGUGCCAGGUCCAGAUGGUAGCUUGGAGGUACCCUUUGGCCGAACGAGACAGGCAUUGGAGGACCACCUUCUUCGCGGACAACGCUGGCCGGCAGUUUGA